UUUUGUGACGUUAUUUAGAAUAUUUUUGCAACAUUGCAAUCGAUGUUUUAAUUGAAAUUGAUUAUUGUCAUGAAAAUUUCCAGAUAUUAAUCUUUUUACAAUAAUAAAUAUCGCUUUUCACAUUUAUAUUUGUAUAGAAACGUGUCAAAAGUGUUAAUGAGGUUGAGGAGGAGAAAUUAUAUUUGAUUGCGUGCCGAGAUAAGAUCGAAGGGUGCGCGCGGGGGUGGCCGAGUUGUGGCGAGCGGGGUUGGCGAGGUCAAGUGAUUAGUUUGACGCCGACCACCGGUCUUCAGAGUCGCUCCCGCCGCGCGUGAGUACAAAUCAAGUUAAUUUUUUUGCAUACGCACCAAGGGGAGGAGGAGGAAGCGCAAUAACAAGUCGUGCGUGUAAUUGCGAUUUAUCUGCAUCGGAGGAAGCAAUUAAAAAAAAAUUAUAUGGGCUGGGUCUUUAAAAUUGCGUCACCAAGAUUAAUUGCAAAGACAAUCUCCUCCCAAUUUGAUUAUUGCUUUUCAAAUUUUGCAAGAAAAUAUUUCUGAGAAUAAAAAAGAGAAGUUUGUGCAUGUUUUUGAAUCAUCAAAGCACACGAAUGCGUUUUAAAAUUGAUGUUCUCACGAGUGCAAUAAUUCAAGUGCUGCACGCUUUCCUGCAGCAAAUUGCACAUCAGUAUGCAUUUGUGUCAAACAAAAUCUCUCAAUCUGAUUCUAAAGAUAAUAAUUCAAGAUAUUUUUUGAAAUUGGAAGUUAAAAUAAAUGUAUAAUAAUUAUUAAUAUUUAAAAUGUGAAUUGUCUCCUUAUUUUUAAAUUAAUGUAUAUAUUUUUAAUAUAAUAAUUUGACGAUUUGAAUUAAUUCUUGUCAAUUUUCUUUUCAAUUUAAAAAAGAUGUAUUUUUUGGUUUAAAUUCAAUUCCAACCGAAUUUUACUUUUACUAAACCGGCUUUUUAGUAAUCGUCGUUCCUAAAACAAACAUGGCGAAAAUUUGAAUUUGUGUUUUUUGUGUGCGGCGGAACGAAAGGGAUGAGAAUUAAUUCGGUCUGAGAAUAACCCGCGUACAUAAAAUAAUCCAUACACAAGGUAUAAUAAAAGCUGCACACCUUGGCCUUGGAAUUGGAAAUGCAAAGUGGGCCGAGAGCGAUCGUAUCGCGCCAGACAAAGUAAUAAUAGUUUCUCAUGCCAAAAGAAGCACACGCGAGCCACCUUCUCUUCUUCGGACAAAAUUCCCUAAUUAAUUGUACGCGCAGCCAAAGGUCGCGUUUGUCCGCCGACUGAGAUCAAUUUACCUAGAAAAUUAUAUUUCAAGAAAACAAAUUAUUCCUAGUAAAUGAAUAUUUUUAGGUUUAAAGUCAAACAUGGGUCCUGGAAGGCUCAAAAUCACCUGAGGUGUUUGAAUUUUGCCAAUUCAUAGACAUUUCCUCACAACCUUGUUAAUUUAAGUUGCUUGAACUGAAAUUCGUAUAUUUACAAUUUUAUUCCGCGCACAUUUAAUUAUUCACUGUUUUGAAUUUCUUAUCUCCCAGUUGCAGGUCACCAAAUUUUUUUAUUCUGGCUCUACCACCCGGUCUCAUUCUAAAAUCUUAGAAAAAAGGUUUCGUUCAAACGUUGAUUCUCAUAGACCGCGGGAAAAAUUUCCGCUGUCUCUUUAUAUAUUUUUGAAAAAAAGGUUUCGUUCAAACGUUGAUUCUCAAAGACCGCGGGAAAAAUUUCCGCGGUCUCUUUCUAAUUUUUGAAAAAGUUGAUAAAUCCAAAUGAUUAUUUUUACUAUCCGCGGAAAUUUUUCGUUGCGUUCUUUACAUUUAAUUUUAAACUUAGAAUUAUUCCCAGAGUUGUUUGAUUAAUUUUACUUUACCUUUUACUGUAGAUCAAAUUCGGAUCAACUGACAAUGAGAGGAAGUGUCUAUAAAUUGCCACGAUUCAUCCUGUAUAAGGGCAACACCUCAGGUGAUUUUGUGCGUUCUAGGCCCAUGAUCGAUUUGUACCCAAAUGUUAACUUAAAACACGAACCCUCAAUUUUUAUUAAUUCUGUUGUCGCUUCUGAUUUAGAAGCAAAUGUUUAAUACAAAAUAUGUGCAACCUUAAAUUAUCCAAUAGUUUUGUGAAGAGCAUUUGUCUCAAAAAUGUUUUCCAACAAAUCUAGAGCUAAAAAGAUCAAUAAAAAUGACAAAAUUAUAUUGGUGUUCAAUCAAAACAAUUGACAUUUUUUGCCCCAAAAAUUGUCUUAUUCAAGAGAGCUUGAUUAGGAUUUAAUACAGCUAAUUCAAUCCAUCGAUUGGCGUUGGUCUCAUGUUUAUCUAAGAACUGGAAAAUUAUUACAAAGAUAAAUAAUCAAAAUUACGCACCUUUCAAUUGUUUUACUUUUUGGCCUAGAAAUGGAAGCGGCAGGUGAAAACUUGGAAAAUUCCAGAAAAUGUGUCUCGAUGUGAGCUAUUCAGACUAGCAUGUAUUUUUCUGGGUUACAUAAAGCAUUUAAUUCUUCAUUAUUUUCUCACAUUAGGGCGGUGUCCGUCAUUAUAAUUUGAUCGCUCAAUCGAUUAUCGCGAUGAUGUUAUUGUUUGCCAGACAUUUUUUUUUUUAUUUAUCUGUUGGCCCGAAAAUGGAGAUUGAUCGCUCCAAUUGUAGAUUGUGAUCUUGACAAAGUGAAACUUUUUAAUUGAAAGGCACAAAAAAGUUAAAUUUAUAAGAGUGAAUUAAUUGGAGGCCGCGCCGGUUGCGGACAUCAAUUUUCGCAGGCGCUCUGACGUGUGUGUUGGAAAAAGUGAGUGGCUGUGGCGCGAUAACAAAUUUGGAUCAAGGGCCGACGUGCAUGAGCUUUCUUGCAGCCCCAAUCUGAUCCAAACUUUUUGAUCAAACCUGCCACUUUUGGCCCAAACUCGUUUCCCAUUCAAGGCUUUGCAUCAAUUUCUUGCAAUUGCGAGAAAAAAAAACUCACGCCGAGAUAAGGAAUCGCGGAUCAGAUGCUCGGUUCGCUGCCAGGAAAAGGAAGUCAAAUUUGUUCUUAUCAUGCGAUUUUCUAUCACCGCGCGAGUGCUGCAAUAAAUUUCAAAAGAAAGCAAGAAUAAAUUUUAAUUCUAUAAAUUUGAAUGCAAACAGUUCCAUCAAAAAUUGUAUAGAUUGUAAGCAAAUUUUAAUUCAAUUUAAUUUUUUCUAGUAAUUUUUCCCUCAUAUUUAUUUUGAUGAAGUUUAUAUUAAGUUCAUUUACAGUUUAAUUUUUAAAUAAAAUUAGAAAUCAAGAUCAUAAGAAAAAUUAUUUUUUAUCAACGCGAGGGCUGCGCUGCAAUAAAUUUAAAAGAAAACAAACUUUAACUCCAAAAUUUGAAUAUAAAGAGUUGAUCGGAGGGAAAUUUUAUAGAUCUUAUUUUGACUUCAUAUUUUGUGAUGAAAUUAAUAUUAAUUACAGUUGAAUUUUCGAUAAACAUUUAAAAAAAGUAUUUCCUUCCGUUGACUUUAAGGCGGUGAGAUGCGGUUGAGAAGGUCUGAAUAUGGGGGAGGGCGUGAUGCGACACGCCUAAUCAGCCGACGAGACUAAUUGCAAGAAAGAGACUCUGGUCGCAGCACCCACGCACGCACGCACGCCGCUGAUUACUUUUUGGCGACGCACGCAAGAACUAUUAUCCCAAACUGGAGUGCUUAGUAUUAUUUGCAGCAAGUUGGAAUGUCUCGGUCGCCCUCUGUGUCCCGGCGCCACUUUCUGGGCCUGAGCGCCCUUUCGCCGUGGGACCGUUCCAGCUCGGACGGAAACCUGCACCGGCGGCGUCCGUCGCGGCGUCCGGUGCAGGACAGUUGCGACCAGUUCCGCGGGCAGAUCGAGGCCGAGGGCCGGCUCGACUUUCGCUCCGAGUACCGCGAGUCGUUCCGACCGCCGCCGGACGACGCAUGCGUCGCCUGCAGCCGCCGCUUGGCGCCAACCUCGGCUGCUCGGGCCAGUCGCUCGCCCGCCUCACGACCGUCCAGCUCGCGGGACGACCUCUUCGAGUGCUCCUGGGACGAACCGGCCGAGUCCGAGUCGCACGCCAGCUUCUGUCCGCACCGAGACGCGCCCCCGCGACCACCCCUGUGCAGACUGGCGACCACCCUGCGCUUGCACGGCGACCACCUCGAGUUUGCAGACAUGCAGCAGCAGCAGCAGCAGCAGGACUUCCGGCGGCAGCGGCCCGGCGUCCAGCGGCCCACCAGCCUCGAGCUGCGUCCCGCGUCGUCCUCCGUGCACGCCAACUUCGCGACGCCCUCGUUCGACCCGGACGUCGGCAGGGCCGAGUACCGCGACGCCUUCCAGGACUUCCCGCGGUGCCGGCCGCGCGUCCCGCGGCCGCCGGCCUCGCUGUCCCCCGAAGGCCCGUGGUUCGGCGAGGCGGCCGAGUACAAGGCGCAGUUUGUCGACUUCCCGCGCCACCGGCCCGAGGCCAGGGUGCGCGUGGCCUCGCUGCGGUGCGGCGGCCAGGUGGCCGCCGACGCCUCCGCCAAGAUGAUGACCUCCAAGAAGCAGUCGCCGUCCAAGCCGCCGCCGGGCCUCGAGCUGGACAAGUCGCCCCUCGACGCCAGCCCCGAGUACCGCGAGCUGUACCGCGACUUCCCGCGGAGCCGGCCGCGCGUCCUGCGGCCGCCGGCCGCCCUGCGGCCCGAGGGCGACUUCUGCGACCUCAUGGAGUACAAGGAGAACUUCAAGGACUCGCCGAGGGCGCGGCCCAGGCUCGUCCGGCCCGAGGCCACCCUCAAGCCCGAGGGCGAGUUCGCGGCCGAGGCCCCCGAGUACCGCCGCAACUUCACCGACUUCCCCCGCAAGCGCCCUGAGCCCCGCAAGGCGGCCCCCUCGGGGCUGCAGGCCGUCGGCGAGGGACCGGCCGCCGCCCCCGAGUACAGGGAGGCCUUCAAGGACUUCCCCCGGCAGCGGCCCAAGACGCCGCGGCCCGCCGACGCCCUCGCCAAGGGCGACGGGGGGCCCGCGGGGCCCCCCGAGUACGCGGCCGAGUUCGUGGCGCACCCGCGCAAGCGGCCCGACGCGGCCCCCAGGCCCGAGACGACGCUGCGGCCCCGCGGGCCCUGGCUGGGCCGCUUCCCCGAGUACAGGGCGGCGUUCGUCGACCUGCCCCGGCAGCGGCCCGUGACCCCGCGGCCCCUCAGCCUCCUCAACGCGGACACCCUCGGCGGGGGCUACGAAGGCCCCCCCAGGCCCAACUCCGCCGGGCCCACCACGCCCCACGCGCACCAAAGAUCAGCCUCCCCUGCACACAAGCGUGGCAGGAGCCGCAAGAAGAAAAGGGACGCCGCCCCGAAAAACGACGCGCCGGGCGGACCAGCGACGUCGCCGACUUCCGCUGAAAUUAUUCUCAAAGAUUUGCCUUCGGAGCUUCCGCCGCACAUAAAAGCCGGCGAGCCGGAAAAAGUGGACCCCACACUUCCGCACGCGUACAAGACGCGUCGUUCGCCGGUGCGGAUCGCGCCGUCCGCCGUGUCAGCGUUCAGGGUGCUCGACGUGAGUGGGGUGGCGCCGCCCGAGGGCGACGACGCCGACAAGGGCCGCGACCCCGGCGACGGCAAGUGGGGCUCCGGCUGGCUCGCGCGCCACUAAUCUCACCCCCGCCCGCCCGACAUCAACC